UUUGUUGCACCCACUAUGGAACUUUCCAAAUCAUCGUAUGUUAGCAUGGAUCACUGUAGCAUGAGAUUAGCUGCUGGGGAAGACGUUUUAAAGGAUUUAAGUGAGAAUUAAAAGUGUUUUGACCAUGGCCACAUCUACUACUACAGAUAACAGGCCGAGUUCAAGUUCUGAGGAGAGCCAAGAAGAGCAAACAAACGUUAACGCAACAAAAGAGUAUUGCGCAAAGUUGCAAGAAUGGAUGUGGCAGUAUUAUUGGGGCUAUUCAAGUUGGCAAACCUGGAUGACUAUGACUUCGUUUCCCUUUUCUUCGUGCAAUUUCCCCGUACCUGGAAGCUUUCAACCACCGACUGGAACUCCAUGGCCAGCCGGACAACAGAAUGUAGAUUCCAGAUAUGGGUACAACUAUGCUGGAAUGGGGUAUCCUUUUUCAUCCCCUGCGCCACCGACUACAGGUGCUCAGAUGGGGCAACAGAUGACAGCUGGGACACCGCCUCAUGAUGCAAGGCCAGUGCAACAACAGAACGGAAACGCACCUCAAGCAGGCCGGGAAUACACCAUCCCCUCUCCCCUCCACAGAUUCGUAGCUGAGACAGUGGACUUCUUCAUCCUGUUUUGUGUCAAGGCGACCAUCGUCCUGUGGAUCAUGCACCUUAGUGGCAUAAAGGACAUCACUAAGUUUGUCACCCACUUCAUAGUUGAGGAGAUCGAUGAGAAUACGUCCUUGGAGGACCUACAGAAGAUGAUGGCGGUAGCUCUUCUGUACCGGGUGCUGGUCUGUUUUUAUGAGAUCAUUUGUAUCUGGGGGGCUGGCGGUGCCACACCUGGGAAGUUCCUCAUGGGCCUCCGGGUUGUGACAUGUGACAGCUCAGUUCUGGUCCGACCCAACCGGGUCCUGGUGGUACCAGCAUCCAACGUCUCCCUUUCAGCUUCAACAGUACGGGCGUUGAACAAGAACUUCUCCAUCGCAUUCCUGUUUCCUGUCUUCAUCACCCUCCUCUUCUUCCAACACAACAGGACUGUGUAUGACAUCGUAGCUGGAACCAUUGUGGUUCAACGCAGAGGAGCCAGAUAGCAGAUGACCCUGAUGGACGGGCUAUGUUGAGUAGGGCAUAUCGUAGCAAAACACUUUGCUACAGGAAAUUAAAAUCUAUAUUGUAAUAGGACAAGUUCAGAUAUUAGUAUCGUGUUUGAAAACCUUUUAAUCUUGAUUGAAAACAACCCAGACCGCAGGCUUCUUGGACUGAACAGAAGGCCUGUAGUACAGAACUAGGCCUUUAAGACCCUAAAGAACUCUGCCAGUGAAUUCAUAUGGAUUGGAUUGAAACCCAGUCAGGACAGAGAAAGCCUGAUACGAGGUGAAAUAGAAGUGUCAUAGGGAGGAUUACUUACUGCUCCCUGUAUCUAGUCAAGCAGAGCAGAAAGGAAUGUUAGGGAACAUGUAUUAGUUUAUAUUCUGUUUAGUUUUAUGGAUGAAGUCAUUUUGCAGGUCAGGAAGAAAGGUGAAACGUGAUGGGAUUGUGUGCAUAAUGGCCAUUCUGCAUACUAAAUUUUACGUGGGUCUAUUUGAUGUGUUGUACUGAUUUACUCUGGAUUCUGUGUCAAGGCUGCCUGUCGAGCCAAUGAUGUGUGUAUGUCUGAGCCGCAUUCAACAGCAGGUUUUCAUAAUACUUCUCAGUCUGUUGUUCCACGCAACCAGGCUGAGAAAGGUCUCACAGUAACACAGAUUAGAAUAUUUCCGUCAUACAAAAAGUCCCCCCUCAUCCUCGUCAUGAGAUGUGCUGGUUGUGUCUGGGUAGACCCCUCAUCCUCGCCAUGAGAGGUGCUGGUUGUGUCUGGGUAGGCCCCUCAUCCUCGUCAUGAGAGGUGCUGGUUGUGUCUGGGUAGGCCCCUCAUCCUCGUCAUGAGAGGUGCUGGUUGUGUCUGGGUAGGCCCCUCAUCCUCGUCAUGAGAGGUGCUGGUUGUGUCUGGGUAGGCCCCUCAUCCUCGUCAUGAGAGGUGCUGGUUGUGUCUGGGUAGGCCCCUCAUCCUCGUCAUGAGAUGUGCUGGUUGUGUCUGGGUAGACUCCUCAUCCUCGUCAUGAGAGGUGCUGGUUGUGUCUGGGUAGACUCCUCCUCCUCGUCAUGAGAUGUGCUGGUUGUGUCUGGGUAGGCCCCUCAUCCUCGCCAUGAGAGGUGCUGGUUGUGUCUGGGUAGGCCCCUCAUCCUCGCCAUGAGAGGUGCUGGUUGUGUCUGGGUAGGCCCCUCAUCCUCGCCAUGAGAGGUGCUGGUUGUGUCUGGGUAGGCCCCUCAUCCUCGCCAUGAGAGGUGCUGGUUGUGUCUGGGUAGGCCCCUCAUCCUCGCCAUGAGAGGUGCUGGUUGUGUCUGGGUAGGCCCCUCAUCCUCGCCAUGAGAGGUGCUGGUUGUGUCUGGGUAGGCCCCUCAUCCUCGCCAUGAGAGGUGCUGGUUGUGUCUGGGUAGGCCCCUCAUCCUCGCCAUGAGAGGUGCUGGUUGUGUCUGGGUAGGCCCCUCAUCCUCGCCAUGAGAGGUGCUGGUUGUGUCUGGGUAGGCCCCUCAUCCUCGUCAUGAGAUGUGCUGGUUGUGUCUGGGUAGACUAAUGCAUGCAUGUAUGUAUGUGCAGGAAUGUCAUGCCUCCAAUACCAUCAUUCAGGGUAUAGUGUAUGAUGAUGUACCCUCUCCUUAAAGAGGCUGACAGCCAAGGCUGACCUCUCUGGUGAGUGUACUAGUGACUAGUGAUGGGAGUUAUGUCAUUGUUCACUCUACAAAUUAUACUGUCUCACUCCUGACUCAUCAUAACAGUCUUUGGUUUUCUGUAUGAAAAUAGGCCUUUUACAGACGUCACAGUAUUGAAAAUGUUUCAGUACUUUUCUUUUGUCCGCUCAGUACUUUCAGCUAGUUACAAAAUAAAAGUUCAACUUUCCAUCUAAUGGACUGGAA